AUGACCAAGGACGUCAACUCAGCCACCGCCGGCGACGGCUCGACGGCCACGGAAACAAUCGCGAGGGACAUUCCUCUUCAAUACGUCAAUACGGUAAAUAGAUUCUUCACAAACCUCGGAGUCUCCGAUCCUGCCGUCGAGAAGUACACAUCCACCACCGACUCCUACUCCGAUAUCAUCCGCGGCCUGCUCAACGUCCACGCCGUCGAACGCGGCCGGAUCUCUUGCUCCUUCUCCGUCCUCCCCGUCGUAGCUAAUUUCUACAAAGGACUGCACGGAGGGGCCGCCGCGGCAGUGGCGGAGAGAGUGUCGAUUGCCUGUGCAAGAACCCUAGUGCCGGAGGAGAAGGAGCUGUUUCUAGGCGAAUUGGGCAUUUCUUACCUCUCCGCCGCCCCUCAAAAUGAGACGGUGACGGUUGACGCGUCGGUGGUGAGGAGCGGAAGAAACUUGACGGUGGUUUCGAUGGAAUUCCGACAGAAGAAAACUGGGAAGCUCAUGUUCACCGCUCGGGCUACUUUCUAUCACCUGCCUGCCUCCAAGUUAUGA